AUUAACCUCAUAAUCUUUGGCCUCAGUUGUCCUGAAAAACACUUGAUUGGACUGAACCCCCUUUUGGAUCUGAGAGGAGUCUCUUUAAAGACAGAAGAGAAGGAGGGCGGCAUCUCGCCAACUACCUGGCAACAUCCAAGGCUCCUCUAAAGAUUGAAGAUUCCUGUUGAUAUCCUGACAUGAAGCUCAAUCUACUUGGCACCACCGUGAUUCUGCUUGUUGCCUUCUUACCGCGCUUUGAAUGUCGGGCUAUUGAGAGCCCUGGCGGUGCAUUGCGCGUCCCAGCUCCACAAACCCAAAACUCCCAGCAGCAGCAGCAGUCUGGCCCCAUCCUGGAGCGGCUUGGAGAGGAGUAUUUCAUCCGCCUGGGCAACGGGGACUCUAACUCUUUCCCAUCACCUGCCAUCUACAACAACAGAGCAUUGCAACUCCAGCUGACGCGGCGUCUUUUACAAGGGAAAGUUGGGAACAUCAGGGCGCUCAUAAGCGACGGUGACGGUGACGAGUCGAUGGAGAUGGAGAUGGAGAGAGGAAGGAGGUCCGAGGACCCGCCGAUAUCCCUGGAUCUCACCUUCCACCUGCUGCGGGAGAUGAUGGAGAUGUCCCGGGCGGAACAGCUGGCUCAGCAGGCGCAGAAUAACAGAAGAAUGAUGGAGCUCUUCGGGAAAUGAAGUUCCAGUCCACCAAAGAUAUCCCCUCCAUCUCUUUUCUUUUUCUUUUUUUGCAUUUUUAACCAUCAGCACAAAACAUGCUCUGUACAAUUUAGUGCUGCUUUUUAUCACUCUUAUUAUUUAUAUAGCUUUAACCUCAAAACUAUGGAGCUUGACUUAUAAUGAUCCAUUUUAAAUGUUGGGUGUCAAAUCUGUAGAAUCACAACGUUUCUUCAUAUUUGAGAUUUUGGUUGAGACAUGAAAAUACUGCAUUGACAAAAAUUGGCAUUUUUUUGUUUUAGAUUAUGAAUCCCUGUAUUUAUGAUAUUUAUGUUUGUUAAUAAACUUAUGUGCAACCAGUCAUUUUCUGUUGUGCAAGAGAACGUCUUAUAUCUAUAUUUUUUAAUAAAAAAUUAAAAGCA